AUGAACCAUCAAACCAUCGGUUCAACACCUUACGGGUCUGGGACCAUGGGGCCACCGGGGAUGAAGGUGGGCGAUGAAGAUGGCGAAGGAGACGACGAGCUGUUGCCUGCGAUGGCGGAUGACGACUACUCGGCGCAGCUGUCGUAUCAAAGUCAGUCGAAGGACAAUCUCAAAGUCUUAAUGGACAACCUCAGUCCGGAACAAUACGACCGGUUCGAGGCAUAUCGGCGGCACGCUUUGCCCAAGCAAGCGGUGCGGAAGGUCAUCCAACAAGCGCUGGGGCAGCAGGUCUCGCAGCCGGUAGCUCAGAUCGUCGCUGGUUUCUCGAAGGUUUUCGUUGGCGAGAUCAUCGAGAAGGCGAGACGAGUGCAAGCUCGACGAAACGAACACGGGCCAUUGACCCCGGACCAUUUGCGGGAGGCGUACCGGAUGUAUCAGGCUGAGGCAGGACGUGUUGGCGCUGCAAGACCCUUGAAGGGCAAGCGGCUGUUCGUGAAAUGA